GAAACAUCGACCAGCCACCUCCUGAACACCUCCCACUGGGGAUGUGCCCGCAACCAAGGGUUCUGUGCUUCUCCAGGAGCAGGAGAAAAUGACCAAGUCCCAGGAGGCGGUGACGUUCCAGGACGUGGCUGUGGUCUUCACGGAGGAGGAGCUGGGGCUGCUGGACCCGUCCCAGAUGAAGCUGUACCGGGACGUGAUGCUGGAGAACUUCCGGAACCUGGUCUCAGUGGCAGGAAGAAUGAGGGUGGAAUGUGACAAAGUGAUGUCCAUGAAAUCUACCAAGGCCCCUGCCUUAAAAGUUACGAUGGAUGAAGAGCUAAGCAUAGGCACUUUGACCUAAGUUUGCAUGAAAAUGAGAAGAAACCGAUUACUCACAGUUCAAGUUCACCAAAACUUUCUGUCAUUAGUAACUACUUUUAACAUUUUCAAAGAGUUACAGUAAAACUGUACCCUAAUGAAUUAGGGAUCAAAAUUUAUAAUUGUAUAAAUUCAGUAUCAUGUUAAUAGAUUAAUAAAAACCAGUACUUUUCAGUCUAUAAAAUACAAACCAAUGAUUAAGUAUUAUACUGUACAGACAGAUAAUACACUGUACAAAAAACUGAGGCUGAAUGGGGGAUGGGAGCCAUUCAGAAGUCUUGUUGAAAUUAAUUUGUGUUACUGUGGAUGGCAGCAUUACAGGAUUCUUUUUGCAUAUGCUGUUAUGAAUUUAAGGUAGGGAACUGACUAGAAUUUUCAAAUACUUGUCAUUAUAGUGGUUUUCUCUACUUUGUUCAGUAAUUGAUGGGCACCUCAUACAAGCCAAGCAGUUCUACAAGGUAGACAUACCGGUAGUGGUGAAAAACACCUCUAUUACAUGGAGGUUACAUUGUAGUUGGCUUAAAUUUUAUUUGUCCGUCAAAUCUGCCACAUAUACUUUUGUUCGAGUGCUGCACAUAAUCUCCAUUCAUACGCCCUCUUCUGGGUGACUCCAAUGAAAUGUACGAUCCUUCUGUUGUGUUCUUCGGAACCGGGACAUUGAAAACUCUGGUGUAACCAUUUACCAUUUUAUGAAACCAGUUUCUCUCAUGUGAAAUCUGACGUUUACAAAGAAUUCAUCCCCCCAACUGCGUUGUUGAGUCACGUCUUAUAGAGCUGCUUUCCCGCGGCCAUUCCUCGAGGCUCCUGAGUUCUGAAGGAGCUUUCCACGUUCACCAGCACAGACUCUCUCAUGGGGACCAAGAUGUGAACUCAAACUACAGGCCAUGUCGCACCUCGCAUGCCUACAGGUCCCCUCCAGUGUGGAUUCUCUGAUGAUAUACAAGAUGCGAUCUCUGGCUGAAGCCCUUACAACAUACGUCACAUAUGUAAGGCCUCUCUCCAGUGUGGACCCUCUGAUGUGUGUGGAAAUGGGAGGCCUGACUGAAGCCCUUACCGCACUGCUGACACGUGUAGGGCUUCUCUCCGGUGUGGACCCGCUGAUGAGCACUGAGCCCAGCACUCCAGCUGAAUUCCUUCCCACACUGCUCACAUUUAAAUGGCUUCUCCCCGGUGUGAAUGAUCUGAUGGACUUGAAGAUUUGACCGCUGGCUGAAGGCCUUACCGCAGGUAUCGCAUUUAUAGGGCUUCUCUCCGGUGUGCACUCUCUGGUGGGCCUGAAGAUGUGAAGACUGGCUGAAUCGCUUCUGACACGCGUCACAUUUGAAUGGUUUUUCCCCAGUGUGGACACUCUGAUGAGCUUGGAGAUUUGAGGCCUGGCUGAAGCCCUUCCCACACUCUUCACAUUUGUAGGGCUUCUCUCCUGUGUGGACUCUCUGGUGAUUGUGAAGAUUCAAGCUCCAGUUGAAGCGCUUCCCACACACCUCACAUUUGUAGGGUUUCUCUCCAGUGUGGACUCUCUGAUGGGCUUGAAAAUAUGAACUCUGACUGAAGCCUUUGCCACACACAUUGCAUCGAAACGGUUUCUCUCCCGUGUGAACCCGCUGAUGGCUCUGGAAACUUGAGGCUGAGCUAAAACCUUUCCCGCACUCUUCACAUUUAUAUGGUUUCUCUCCCGUGUGGACUCGUUGGUGACUGUGAAGAUUGAAGCUCAAACUAAAGCACUUCCCACACUCAUCGCACCUGUACGGCUUCUCCUCAGUGUGGACUCUCUGAUGGGUGUGAAGAUUUGAGCUACAACUGAAGCGUUUACCACAAUCUGCACAUUUAUAUGGUUUCUCUCCCGUGUGGAUUCUUUCGUGGGCCUGAAGAUGUGAUCUCUGUGUGAAGCCCUUUCCGCAAAUCUCGCAUUUGUAAGGUUUCUCUCCAGUGUGGACUCUGCAGUGAAUAUUAAGAUCUGUGCUACGACUGAAGCCCUUCCCACAACUUUGGCAUCGAUAGGGCUUCUCUCCUGUGUGAAUAGGCAAGUGAGCGUACAGAUGUGAGGUCUGAUUAAAGCUCUUCCCACACUCUACGCAUGAAUAGGGUUUCUCCCCUGUGUGGACUCUCUGAUGAGUUUGCAGAUUUGAGCUCUGACUAAAACACUUUCCACACUCAUGACACCAAUAACGUUUUUUUCUUGCGUGAACGUAUUGUUGAAGGGGAAUGGCUGAGCUAUAACUGGUAUUCUCACGUGUACUACAGUUAAGGGACUUCUUUGCCAAGUGUGACUGCUGAUGAACUUCAAGUCUGGAGCUAUCGCUGAAUACUUUUCCACAUUCACUACACUGGUAGGUUUUCUGUCCCGUGUAGAUUAUACUGAGCUGGGCAAGAGAUGAUACAUUUGAGAUAUCUUCACCACAAUCUUUGUUGCUGUGAGCUUUCUCUCUUUUGUGUACUAUAUCAUCAUCAUGGUGGUGUGAAUUACAACUGAAGAUGUUAGCACAUGGAGCAAAUAUACAUAACUUGUUUUUCACUGG